AUGGACCAGUCCUAUACCGGACAUUCUUCCGACGAUCAAUACCAAUGCCAAUUUUUAUAUUCCCAUGAUGGCCUCAUGGGACAAUCCACAAAAGCGUCCGUUAAUAUCGAUGUUGAUCUCCCAACGAACUGUCCAAUCGUGCCAAGGAGAACGAAUCCGCCCCGCUCGCAAUGUUCACCCAUGCGACGCGCCGCGCACGCUUAUUCGAUGCUUGGGCAGUCCACGGCGGAACUGAGCUGCCCAGACCUCCUCUCCGCUGCGAUGAUCCUGCUGAUCCGAUGCAGCGUGCACAUAAUGGGGACUUUUUGUGGCUAUGGUGAUGAAAUGUGGGGAGACAGCGCAGCCAUUCCGAGGUUGGAACGGAUUAGCACACGGCAUAAGGGCGCAGGCAGGUGGGUCACUGCCCGGCCUACUGCAGCUCAUCGCGGAUCGAAACGUGUGCCCCUGGCUGUGUCUCGCGCCCACCCAGGGCAUAGGUAA